AUGGUGCUCCCCUACUUCACCGCCCUCGUCUUCGGCACCAUGCUCCCGGGCCUCAACCUAACCCAAUACGCCGACCACUACGACAACGUCCACAUCCCACUCGUCAAGUCGCUCACGGGCUCAAACUUCCCCGUCAUCCACACACGAUACUACGUUGGCGGUAACCCUGCCUUUGUAAACGCCAGCUCCCCCGUCGACUACGACUCCAUGGCAACCAUGCAGUUUCGAGACAUGACGCAUGCGUUGACGUUCAUGAGCAUCAUCAGCGCACCGGAGGCGGCGAAGAAGAUUGCGGAGGACGAGCAUUUGUUUAUGGCAUGUGCACCGAGGACGGUGAUUGUGGGGACAGAUGGGAGUGUGACAGGGCCGUAG